CUGCCCAGAUGUUCCCUAGGAUGGCUGCAAGGGCUGCGCUUGCCAGGGUCGCCACAACCCCUCACCCUCAACCCUGCUCUUAUUCAGGCCCAAUGGGAGGCCUCACUCACCCUUCCUGGGAUGGCGCCUCUGAGGGGAGUCUUCCUGGGCUCUGGUGUCAGGGGCGUGGGCCUGACCUGCCACAGCUGCGGCCGAUAAGGCAGCAAAAGGGGCAGGCGGGGCUGAGAUGGGGGAAGGGACCGUUCUCUACAGGGUGAAGACUGAGGCUUGGCAAGUUUAAGGUUGCUGCCCAGGGUCUGGAAUCCAGGCCUCUGGUAGCUCAUCGCUCUGUCCCUGGGGGCAGCAGAGGCUGCAGCGGGGCUCCACCCCACCCCACCCCAGGGUACCUCAAGCCCCGCCACUGAACUUUCCCAACACCUGACCUAGAGGACCACUACAUAGGGAGGUCUCUCAGGGGUCUAGUUGUUUAGGGUGAGGUCCCUUGCACCUGACCCAGGGGGGCUGAGUGUGGCCCCACCCCCUCCUGCCAUAGGGUCUCUGGUCAGGCCCCAGCAGGCCUGCAGUGGGGGUGUGGAGCCAGAGCCACCCAAUCCCGUAGAGACAAGUUUCACAACUUCUUGGAUGGGGCUGCAGUGGGUCACAGUGCAGCUUCCAGCCAGAAAGAUGGAGUGGCUCCCACUCUUGCUGCUUCUGACACAGUGUUCAGGCGCCCCUGGGCAGCGCUCGCUACUGAAUGACUUCCAGGUGCUCCGGGGUACAGAACUGCAGCACCUGCUACAUGCAGUGAAGCCCGGGGCUUGGCAGGAGGAUGUGGCAGAUGCUGAGGAGUGUGCCGGGCGCUGUGGGCCCCUUCUGGACUGCCGGGCCUUCCACUAUAACGUGAGCAGUCAUGGUUGCCAACUGCUGCCAUGGACCCAGUACUCGCCCCACACAAGACUACAGCGUUCAGAGCGCUGUGAUCUCUUCCAGAAGAAAGAUUACGUGCGGAACUGCAUCAUGGGCAAUGGGUCCGGGUAUCGGGGCACAGUGGCCAGGACCGCGGGCGGCCUGCCCUGCCAGCGCUGGAACCGCAAGUUCCCGGUUGAUCACAAGUACGUGCCCACACUGCGAAACGGCCUGGAGGAGAACUUUUGCCGCAACCCUGAAGGGGACGCCGGAGGUCCUUGGUGCUACACGACAGACCCUGCCGUGCGCUUCCAGAGCUGCGGCAUCAAGUCCUGCCGGGAAGCCACUUGUGUUUGGUGCACUGGCGAGGAUUACCGCGGCGAGGUGGACCGCACCGAGUCAGGACGCGAAUGUCAGCGCUGGGACCUGCAACACCCGCACCCACACCCCUUCGAGCCGAAUUCCUCGACAAAAAUCUGGACGACAACUACUGCCGGAAUCCGGACGGCUCUGAGAGGCCCUGGUGCUACACCACUGACCCACUGGUCGAGCGAGAGUUCUGUGACCUCCCCAGCUGCGGUAGGGCGGACCGAGACACAGCCGCGCCGGGCCACGACGCUUAACUGCUUCCGCGGGAAGGGCGAGGGCUACCGGGGCACGGCCAAUACUACAGCCGCGGGCGUGCCCUGCCAGCGCUGGGAUGCACAGAGCCCGCAUCAGCACCGUUUUGCGCCUGAGAAAUACGCGUGCAAGGACCUUCGGGAGAACUUCUGCCGGAACCCUGACGGCUCGGAGGCGCCCUGGUGCUUCACGUCGCGGCCCGGCAUGCGCGUGGCCUUCUGCUACCAGAUCCGGCGCUGCGCCGACGACGUGCGGCCCGAGGAAUGCUACUACGGAGCCGGCGAGCAGUACCGCGGCUCGGUCAACAAGACCCGCAAGGGCGUCCCUUGCCAGCGCUGGGCUGCGGAGACGCCGCAUAAGCCGCAGUUCACCCCCACCUCGGGCCCACACGUGAAAUUGGAGGAGAACUACUGCCGGAACCCAGAUGGGGACCGCCACGGGCCCUGGUGCUACACUACAGACCCGGGGACCCCAUUUGACUACUGUGCACUGCGACGCUGUGAUGAUGAACAGCCGCUGUCCACCUUGAAGCCCCCAGACCAGGUGCUGUUUGAGGAGUGUGGCCUGAGGGUGGAUCGGCCGGACCAGUGGCACUCCAAGCUGCGCAUGAUAGGGGGCCAGCCUGGAAACUCGCCCUGGACAGUCAGCCUGCGCAGCCGGCAGGGCCACCAUUUCUGUGGCGGAUCCCUAGUGAAGGAGCAGUGGGUGCUGACUGCCCGGCAGUGCUUCUCCUCCUGCCGUGUGCCUCUCCUGGGCUAUGAGGUGUGGUUGGGGAUGAUGUUCCAGAACCCGCAGCCUGGGGAGCCAGACCUGCAGCGGGUUCCAGUGGCCAAGAUGGUGUGCGGACCCUCAGACUCCCAGCUUGUCCUGCUCAAGCUGGAGAGGCCUGUGACCCUGAACCAGCGCGUGGCCCUGAUCUGUCUGCCCCCUGAGCGGUAUGUGGUGCCUCCAGGGACCAAGUGUGAGAUUGCAGGCUGGGGUGAAACAAAAGGCACAGGUAAUGGCAUGGUUCUGAACGUGGCCUCGCUGAGAGUCAUCUCCAACCAGGAGUGUAAUGUCAAGCACCGAGGACGUGUAAAGGAGAGCGAGAUGUGUACUUCAGGCCCGCUGGUCCCUGUGGGGGCCUGUGAGGGUGACUACGGGAGCCCGCUUGCCUGCUUUACCCAUGACUGCUGGGUCCUGGAGGGAAUCGUAAUCCCCAACCGAGUGUGCGCACGGCUUCGCUGGCCGGCCAUCUUCACGCGCGUCUCCAUGUUUGUGGACUGGAUUCAUAAGGUCAUGCGGCUGGACUAGGCCUGGCCUUGGCCCCAUGCGCCUUGGGGGAGGAUGAAGCUUCCUGUCAGACAUAAAGCCACCUUUCCUCUUUA